AUGCAAUGGAAGAGCUCCUUGCGAAGCCUGUUUAAGCCGGGGAAUUCAGUGCUCGUUGCUCCCAGGACGUCUGGCCAGCCGAACUAUCAACAUACCCCUUAUGCAUCCUCGACACAUCUGGGUCCUGUACACGACUCAGGCUUGACCGAGAAAAGCCCCCGUACAAACCUACCCUAUAUUCAAGCCUACUUUGAGAAGUUUCAUCCCAACUGGCCAUUUCUUCAUCGAGCCACAUUUGACCCUGAUCACGAGCCAGCUUUUCUGCUUCAAUCAGUCAUCAUGAUGGGUUUUUGGGUGAUUGGGGACGAGAACUCUCAGCGUGCAGCCAUGAGUUUGCAUGAGAAUCUCACCUUGUCUAUCUAUCAACAAAAGGAUAAAUGGGAUAUAUCAACCCAGCACUCUCAACAGCAACAAUACCAAGAUGGCACAUCCGGAUCUUUUUCUUCCUGGCUAAUAGCAACAUACCAGGGAAUCCUGCUGCACAUCAUCUUUGCUCUCCUCACAAGCAGUAAAGACCAACUCGACUUUCAAUUAACCCGCCCUCUUCCCGAAAUUCCCACUCAACUUCUCGUCGCCCUCGUCCACAACUGCCUGAAGCGCAACAUGUUCUUCUACCCGUCAAUGCUAGCCCAGUUCAACUCCACCUCCGUCCCCGAAGUUUUCACCUGGCUCGGUAUCGAAGAGGUAAAGCGUUUCGCCCUAGCUCUGUACAAAGUCUGCCGGCAGUGUCGAGUCGAUGAUACUAGACUCUUAGACAGCGACAUGUUUUCCAAUUCCCGACGCGAACCACACUGGCAGGGUGGGUGCCUUCUUUCCCUAUUCGAUUUGCAAUUUGCCCUCCCAGACAGUGAUGAACUAUGGCAUGCUAGUUCAGAUUUGGCUGCCCGGGUGGCGGAGAAUCCAGGUGUAUAUAGCAAUAAGAAUAUCGAAGAGAAUUGGAUUUCUCAGACUUCGCGGUUGUUGCAGCCUAAUGAGGGGGAGUUUCAAUGGAUAUGA